AUGUGCCUUCUCGAACCUCAAUAAUCUCAAUUUCGCACCUUUCCUCAACCUCACGACUCUCUCAUCAUAUACGAAUACGGCCGCGUACAUCAUGACAGUCCUGCAACACUCGGUAUUCCCCGCGCUGAAAAGGUUCGAGAUGGCUGUCGUUGCAUUGCCUUGGACAGAGGCUGAGCAGCUCUUUCGUGCACUGUCCCAGUGCAAAGCAUGGCAGACCCUUGAACACAUUUCUAUGGUGGUCUACGAUCCAGGAGUUCAGGAGCCCUCAGACUUCUUUUUGGCAGCUGUUACUCAAUUCGCUGGUUUCACGCAGCUCCGAAGCCUGCAUCUCUUCCUCCGUCACUCCAUCUUCCUUGAUAACGACCUUCUUUUGGAAGAAAUGUCAAGCUGGCUGCACGUUCGCUCUCUGACAAUAGAAGCCUCGCAUUGUCAUUCACCUACCGUGACAUCCCGCAGAUUAUUCGCAGGGCUUCGUCGAUGUCCUUUUCCCUUAUUUGAUCGUUUUCUUGGCGAUAUCACAUGGGUUCCUGUCGGGGCUGCUACAUAGUGUAUCCCCAUGAUGACAGCUUCCAUCGGCUUGAAACUGCUUCCAUCCUCCUCCCCUAGUAAUCCUCUUCCCAUAUCCCUCCUCGCCAGUCUUUGCCCGAUCCUCGCCUCACUUUGGUCUCGAAACCGCUUUGCUGCCGGCUUUCAAAGGAUUUACCGCUACGGAGCGCUCUAUAUCACGAUGCAUGUGCUCUGUUGAAGUGCAAAAUAGUGCAAUGUAGAUUG